AAAUUCAUUUCCGACCAAGUUGUCUGGUCACGAAAAGACCGUUUGUGAGAGAUUGCAAAAUAUCUGUGGUGGUUUGUAGGCUAUCAUCUUAACUGACCAGCUAGCUUGCUGUCAGUCACUCAAGUUCUGGGCUGUGCUGGAAGGAAGCGAUUAAUUUAGCAGUAGCUGCGUUUUAUUUAGUUUUGUUUGGUGUAUCUUUAAUCUCAUAGUAAUGACACCAAGUUAGCUAGCUAACUAUUGUGCAUUAAUAAUUCAUGUCAAUGUAGGUAAAUAUAGCUGCGCAGCUUGCUCUUUAUUUGACAUGUCAAUCCUUACGUUACAUUUGAUUUAGUGAAUUUACGUUAAUUUAGUGAGUUUCAACUACAACUACGCUGCCACAGGAAGAAAAAUAAUCAGGAAAAACGCGCACUGUAAGCCAUGCCAAGCUGAGCUUUUUGGCGCGUUACAUUAUUUGUAUAAAUUUGUUUAUUUUUUUAAAGAAUAUUUCUGAAACAAGUGCCUCUCUGGAUAUUAUCUGGAUAGCUAAUUCGCCUAAUUGUUUGCUGACUAGCUAGCCAACGCUAGCUAUGCGGUUCAUUAAAGUCGCAGACACACGGGAAAGCAAGCGAACUUCAUUAAUUUAAUUCAGACGUUGCUUUAGUGUACACGUUGUGCCAACAUGUUGAAACGUGGAGCAGGUGGUAAAUCCAGCUACAGUCCGUAUGCAACAGGCCACAGGGUUAAGAAAAAUGGGACUAAAGCGAAAAGCAAACUGGACCUGUUGCCAAAUAAACCUAACAUCUGGCUGAAGCAGCUUUCCAUUCUCCAGGAGCAGCCCGGCCGGGACGCCGUCGACGCCCCCGUCUCCGCCUCCGCCUCCUCCUCCCCCCCGACCUCCUCCGGCCUCCUGGACCCCUCCUGCGGGGGGAUGUCGGGCCAGCCCUCCCCGGUGGGCACCCUCAAGAGGCCCACGGGGCUGAGCCGGCACGCCAGCGCCGCGGGGUUCCCCCUCCAGUCCUGGGUCUACAACAAGGGCCUGGGCAAGGGCGCGCCCAGCCCCACGGCCGAGGGCCCCGAACCCGCCGCCAUCGAGGUGGAGGACAUCCCGCCGCUGCUGAGGGACGUGGCGCGCUUCUCCGAGGCCGUGGAGAAGCUGAAGGACGUGGUGCUGGGAGAAGACACACAGGAGAGCCGGCGGCCUGUGGCCCAUGAGUGCCUGGGGGAGGUUCUGCGGGUCCUGAGGCAGGUCAUCAGCACCUACCCCCUGCUCAACACCAUGGAAACGCUCACCGCUGCAGGGAAACUCAUCUCCAUGGUCAAAGGAUUCCACUAUGAGGCAAACAAUGAGGCGGACAAGAAGGCUUUCGAGAAGGCCAUCGAGAACAUCGCCGUGGCCUUCAGCAGCAGUGUUUCAGAGCUGCUGAUGGGGGAGGUUGACAGCAGCACCCUUCUGUCCCUGCUGCCCUCAGAGACGAGCAGGAGCAUGGAGAACCUGUAUGGAGGAGUUCCAGGCCAGAGCGUGGACUCGCUAAUGAAGGGAGACCUCCAGGCCUUCGUCCUGACCGCUGAAGAGGUGGACAUCAUUCUCCAGCGCAGCGAAGGUGGGGUGGACUCCGCGCUCUGCUACGCUAAGACCAUCGCCAAAUACAUGAAGGACCUGACCAGCUACGUGGAAAAGAGGACUGCACUGGAGAUGGAGUUCGCCAAGGGCCUACAGAGGCUCUAUCACGCCUGCCAUCAGAGCAUUACGCAGCAACACAUGCCCUUCCUCUCCAUCUACUCCCUGGCUCUGGAGCAGGACCUGGAGCAGAGUCUGGGGGUCCAGCAGGCUGCCGGCACUCUGCACAUUCAGACCUUCCUGCAGCCUCUGAUGCAGCGUCGGCAGGAGCACGAGAAGAAGCGCAAGGAGAUCAAGGAGCAGUGGCAGAGAGCCAAGAGGAAGCUGAUGGAGGCUGAGAGUAACCUGCGGAAGGCGAGGCAGGCCUACGUGUCCCGCUGCGAGGAGCACGACAAGGCCCGGAGCCGGGCCGAGGAGGACGGGGGCGGCACCCUCAUCAAGUCCCUCGACAAGAAGCGCCGAUUGGAGGAGGAGGCCCGCUGCAAGGCUGAGGAGGCAGAGGCAACGUAUCGCACCUGCGUCGCCGACGCCGUUACCCAGCAACAGGAGCAGGAGCACGUGAAGGUCACCGUCCUGCGGCGGAUACAGGAAGUGAUCAAGCAGAGCGAUCAGACCCUGCGCUCGGCCACCAUCUCGUACAACCAGAUCAUGCACAUGCAGACGGUGGCGCUGCCCGUGCACUACCAGACGCUGUGCGAGAGCAGCAAGCUGUACGACCCGGGGCAGCAGUACGCCGCCCACGUCAAGCACCUGCGCCUGCCCGAGGAGCCCAAGGCCCAGUACCGGUUCGAGCCCUACUCUGCCUCCUCCGCGCCGCAGCCCGCCAGAGUGCGUCACGACAGCUUCAGUGCGGACCGCCAGAGCAGCACCGAGGCUCCGCCCGCCUCGGGGGAGACCCCCGUAGAUGGAGGCCCCAGCCACAAGCAGAGGAAGGUGCGAGGUCACCAGUCCCACAAGUCCUGGCCGACCACAGCAAGCGACACGGAGAGUGUGGGCGCGGGCAGUGGGCUGGAGUCGCCCUCCACCAGCACAGGGGACGUCCGGAAGAUCCCGAGGACCGCCUCCACCGGGACCAUGUCCUCCAAUGAGGAGCUGGACGAGAAGGACGAGAAGGACGGGAACGUGGCCUCCUUCGAGCAGAGCAUAAACGGGAUGGAGCCCGAGAUCGCGGCGCCCAGCGGACCCUUCCGGAACGUGGGGCUGUCCAAGGCUGCUCGGACACACCAGCUGCGCAAACUGCGCACGCCCUCCAAGUGCCGGGAGUGCGACAGCUACGUGUACUUCCAGGGAGCGGAGUGCGAGGAGUGCUCCCUGGCCUGCCAUAAGAAGUGCCUGGAGACGCUGGCCAUCCAGUGCGGCCAUAAGAAGCUGCAGGGGCGGCUCCUGCUGUUCGGCCGCGACUUCUCCCUGACCGCCCAGGGCAGCACGGACGGGAUCCCCUUCAUCAUCAAGAAGUGCAUCUUAGAGAUCGAGAGGAGGGCCCUGAAGAUGAAGGGUAUAUACCGGGUGAACGGGGUGAAGACGCGGGUGGAGAAGCUGUGCCAGGCCUUUGAGAACGGGAAGGAGCUGGUGGAGCUGUCCCAGGCCUCUCCCCACGACAUCAGCAACGUGCUCAAACUCUACCUCAGACAGCUGCCGGAACCGAUCAUGCCGUUCCAGCUGUACCACAGCCUGAUGGGCCUGGCCAAGGAGAGCCUGAGGGCCGAGGGGCCCGAGGGGGCCGAGGGGCCGGGGAAGGGGCCCGAGCUGGCGGACCGGGGCCCCGACACAGAGCCCGAAGUGCGGGUGCUGGUGGACAAACUGCGGGAGCUGCUGAAAGAGGUGCCCCGGGCCAACGUGGCCACGCUGCACUACAUCGUGUGUCACCUGCGCCGGAUUGGCGAGCUGGAGGAGGAUAAUAAGAUGAGCCCCAGUAACCUGGGCAUCGUGUUCGGGCCCACGCUGAUGCGGCCCCGGCCCACGGGGGCCACCGUGUCCCUGUCCUCCCUGGUGGACUACCCCCACCAGGCCCGCAUCGUGGAGGCCCUCAUCGUCUUCUACCGCCACAUCUUCCCCCCGGAGGACGGCGGGCAGGACGACGGCGGUGCCGGGCGGGGGGAGGGUGACGGACAGGAGGCCUCGGGGAACCUCGGCCAGCCGGACACCGAGGACAAACUGGAGGAGCUCAGCGGCGCCUCCGUGUGCUCCUCGGGGUCCCGCGAGCGCUCCCUGGACUCGGACUCGGAGCCGGAGGAGGCGGGGCGGGGGGGCCAGGAGAGCCCCCUCCCCGGGGCCCAGCCGGACAGCGAGGGCAGCACCGAGGAGGACCAGCUGAGUCCCCCGGGCGGCGUGGACCCCCCGAGUCCCGGGGGCCCCCCGGCCCUGCCCGACAGCGAACCCCCCGACGCGGACGAGCCGGAGCAGGACCUGGCCUCCUCUCUGGCCCAGCUCAACACCAACCAGUCCAACAACAAGGCCCCUGCCCCGCUGGGGCUGCCCCUGGCUCGCCUGUGCAAGGGGAAGCUGGCUGCCGCCGGGGAUGGCAACAGAGAGCCAGAGUUCGUGUAGGAAACAGCCUGAACAGUUUCGCAGGGAGGAGCUGGGUAAUCUUGACGGGUAUAGAAAUAGCCUGAGCAAAUUUUACUGGUAAUGAACCCAGUACAUUUGUGUAGGAACAGCCUAAGCAGUUUUACAGGAAGGAUUCCAGUAAACUUGUAUAGAAACAGCCUGAUCAUUUUUAUUUGGAGGAACCCUAUACAAUUGUAAAUGGUUGGCAUUUAUAUAGCGCCUUUAUCCAAAGCACUGUACAAUUGAUGCUUCUCAUUCACCCAUUCAUACACACACUCACACACUCACACACCGACAGCGAUUGGCUGCCAUGCAAGGCACCAACCCGCUCGUCAGGAGCAUUUAGGGGUUAGGUGUCUUGCUCAGGGACACUUUGACACAGCCCGGGCAGGGGAUCGAACCGGCAAACCUCCGUCUGCCAGUCGACUGCUCUUACUGCCUGAGCCAUGUCGCCCCAAUAAAUUGUAUAGAAACAGCCUGAACAAUUUUACAGGGAGGAGCUCUCCUCACUUGCCUGUCAGUGCAUUACCGAUUUUUAACUGUUUUCGCAAUGUGCGCUGUAUGACUUUUAUGUGAAAUUGCUCAUUUUUGUGUUUCAAUCUUUCAAUGUACACUUUGCCUCCCAAUUCAUAUUUUGUCACAGUGCUCCAAUGUCAGUUCAGAACACUGAAGAGCUGAAAAUAUUAGCUAUACAUUUUGAUCGAACAGUGAAGAGAUCAGUGACUUAACUGACAUUGUACUGAUAGUGUCAUCGUGGGAGUUCAUACAGUGACUGUCACCAUGUCGGUAUUCUUCAGAGGCAAAACAUUACAUUGUUCAAUUAUGGUAGAAGGUUCCAGACACAUUGUGAAUGGUGGUCUGCUAUGAACCUCAAAAAUACUGACGCUCUUAGUCAGUUUUAGCUUUUAUUUCCACCCACGUCCCCGAUCCGGUGAUGCCCCUACGUGUCUGGGAAACCAUGGUUACUGCCCCUGUAUCCUGUCCGACAGGCCCUCCCCUCUCGCAAUCUUCUGGAAUCUUCUCUGCGGUCGCUCAGUUAUUUAGCGUCUGAAAUCUUCUGCGGUUAACCGCCUUUCUCCUCCGGCUUCCUAGCACUUAGAGACUGAGAGCGCCGACGGCCAAACGACGGCCAAAUGAAGACCUCCAGCACCACUUCGCCGUUCCCUCCCCCUGCGUUUGCUAUUAGCCUCUUGCUAAUAGCGCAGCAGGGAAACCAAAGUGCCAUAUGCACUUUCACUCUGUGACGUUCCUUUACCAGGGCCUUCUGCCGUCGUGUUCGUUUUUGAGUUCUUCCGGUUCUUCAGCCGCUCUUCUGCAGUUUUGCCAUGAAUUGGAAGUAAACUGCGAAAGACGCCCGUGUUCGUAGGCUGAGUUACGCAGUCUGUUUAGUUGCUGUUUGCUAGUGAGUGCUCUGGACUGAGGGAGGUUAUCCCUUCAGCCACGGAUGACAUUAUAAAAGCAUCUUAUUCUUUGAUAUUUCUUAUAUUUUUAUUUAAGACUAUGUGCUCUUCACAAUGGUUCAGACUUAAAUUGUGUAAUGUCGCUGGGAAAAUAUUUUAACUAUUUGUGGAUUGGUGAAUGUUUUUUUAAAGAAAUACAUGCCAAAUAUUUUCUAAUGUUUUAUAAAAAACUAUACCUAGAAUAGGAUUUCAAAGUUAUCAUUUUAUGUGUUAGCUGUACUGGCUUUGUAUAAAUUAUAUUUUUACAUGAAUGAAAAUGUCUGCCAUGUCUAUAAAAUAAUAAAAAGUGAGAAUGUGAAAUUAUUUUCACUACUCUUUUACUGACAAA